AUUCUUCAAGCAUUGGAAGUUGAAGCAUCAGACGAAACUAGGGUAGUGAGUUAGAAAAUGUGCAGAGUCUCCAUGGAUAAGCUUGUGUUAGGUUUUGUGUGUAUUUCUCUUGCUUUGGUCAUUGGGGUGGUGAACUCUGAGACAAUAUCAUCUUGUAGCCAAACCCCAUAUCCUGAAAUAUGCGAGUCUUUCAUCAGUUCUAAUAAACCUCUUGCCACCUUAGAAGAAACCCAAUUCAGUUUUCGAGAGUCUGCCCUUAGCUUCACCAUGGACCAAGCCCUACGAGCCCAUGGGCUCAUUUCUGCUAUGGACUUGAGCUCAUUUGAUGACAAGGCCAAGGUGGCGUGGGCUGACUGUGUGGAGCUUUAUGCUGACACAGUCACCCAGCUUAACCGCACUAUGGGGUCUAAGAAUCCAUUGAGCUGGUCCGAUGCUCAGACAUGGCUGAGUGCCGCCAUCACCAACGAGCAGACUUGCCAAAACGGAUUCACUGAGCUAAACUUGCCAUCUUACUUGUCUUCCUUUCCCUUCAUGUUGAGUAACUUCUCCAAGAUGGUAAGCAACUCGCUUGCCAUAAACAAGGCAGCGGCUUCAUCAGUUGCAUCUCUGAUGGGUAAGCAAGGUGGCAAUCGCCGGUUGCUUUCUGAUGGCUUCCCGACAUGGGUCUCAGCUGCUGACAGGAAGCUUCUUCAGUCAUCGAGUGCAGCUUCACAAGCUGAUGUUGUGGUUGCUGCAGAUGGCUCUGGUAAUUACAGGACCAUCUCUCAGGCAGUGGCUGCUUCAUCCAAGAGAAGUGGGAAGAGAUUUGUUAUAUAUGUGAAACGGGGUGUUUACAAAGAGAACGUUGAGAUCAAAGCUUCAAACAUCAUGUUGAUCGGAGACGGGAUCGACGCUACAAUCGUUACAGGCAGCAAGAACGUUCAAGAUGGUUCCACUACUUUCCGAUCAGCAACAGUUGCGGUCACCGGCGGUGGGUUCAUUGCCCGGGAUAUGACGUUCCAAAACACGGCCGGACCCCAGAAGCACCAAGCAGUUGCCCUCCGCUCAGGUUCUGAUCUCUCAGUGUUCUAUCGUUGCAGCUUCAAGGGUUAUCAGGACACCCUAUACGUCUACUCUCAACGCCAAUUCUACCGCGAUUGCGACAUCUACGGCACUGUCGAUUUCAUCUUCGGAGAUGCUGUGGCUGUCCUCCAGAAUUGCAACAUCUACGUCAGAAAGCCCAUGAGCGGUCAGAAGAACACGGUGACUGCUCAGGGACGGAAAGACCCCAACGAGAACACAGGCAUCUCCAUCCACAACUCACGGGUGACGGCCGCUUCUGACUUAAGACCUGUGCAGGGUUCAUUCAAGACCUACCUUGGUCGGCCAUGGCAAAAGUACUCAAGGACAGUGUUCAUGAAGACAUCUCUUGAUAGCUUGAUCGACCCGGCCGGAUGGCUUGAAUGGAGCGGCAACUUUGCUUUGAGUACUUUGUAUUAUGGGGAGUAUAUGAACACAGGUGCGGGUGCAAGCACCAGCCGGCGUGUAAAGUGGCCGGGGUUCCAUGUCAUGAGUGCUUCUGAUGCCGGAAAAUUUACAGUCGGGAAUUUCUUGGGAGGAGGCUCUUGGAUUGCGGCCGCCGGAGUCCCCUUCACUUCCGGGCUGUGAUUUGUUCUAAAGCAUCUUUCUGUCAGCAGACAAUAUAUAGGCUAUUUGUAUGAGAUCUAUAUUCAUUAGUUUGGUAGAGAAAUUGUAAUAUAGUUUGUCCUGAUUGAAUUCCUUAUUCAGUUAUUUGUAUGGAAUUGAAACUAAUAAUGUAUCAAUUAUUAUUCUAC